CAUCAACAAACAUUCACCUCCUCGUCUCAGUAUGUAUAGAUAAAAGCCCCCUCAAAUCGGUACUCCUAAAACUCAAAGAGAGAGAAAUGAAGUGAAGUAGGUGAGAUUAAAUCUUGAUUCCAUCCAAAUUCCACCACUAUGCAAUUGUUGUCUUAAAAAAACCAAAAAAAAAAAUGUUCAAAAACCAACUUCAAGAACUAGCUCAAAGAAGCUGCUUCAACCUGCCGUCAUACGCGUGCGUGAGAGAAGGACCCGAUCACGCCCCCAGAUUCAAAGCCUCCGUCAACUUUAACGGCGAGCUCUUCGAGGGCGCCACCUACUCCUCCACCCUCCGCCACGCUGAGCACGCCGCCGCCGAGGCCGCCCUCAACUCCCUCUCCGCCCGCGGCCCCUCCAAAUCCCUCACGGCCCGCGUUCUCGAUGAGACCGGAGUUUACAAGAAUCUGCUUCAAGAAACGGCGCACAGAGCCGGUUUGAAGCUGCCGGUUUACACGACGGUCCGGUCGGGCCCCGGGCAUGUGCCGGUCUUCACCAGCACGGUGGAGAUCGCCGGAAUGAGCUUCUCCGGCGACGCUGCCAAGAGCAAGAAGCAAGCGGAGAAGAAUGCUGCGAUUGCUGCUUGGUCCCAAUUGAAACAAAUGCCUUUGUCGGAACAAGAAAAUGUGUCAAAUUCCGGCAGAGUGAUGAGACGAAGAGAUAAUCAUCAUCAACAGCAGCAAAGUAGAGCGAGAAUGCAGAGGCCUAGUAUUAUCCAAAGAGACAACAACGACCUUAAUAAACGGCUGUGGAAGUUUCCGGAAGCUUCGGCUCAGAAACAAAGCAGCUUUCUCUCUCUUCUCCCUCCGCCGCCGCCGCGGACGGCUUCCAAAAUCCUGCCGCCGCCGUUCUUGGAGGAGGAUCACGAAUGGAUUAACAAGAUUUGCGCCGCCAUCAAAAAAGAGCCCGGCAGCCCGAGUUCGAUCGGAGGAAUCUACAGUCAAUUUGGGGCAGAAAUUGAGAGAAGAACAAACUUGUCGAUUCCAUCAACAUGCCAUGAUCUGGAAAUUGGAUCGAUCCCCAAAUUCUCCGGAGCUCACAGAUUCGCGCCUGCGGUUCAAAUUAGGUCUAUGAUUCCGGUGUGUGCGGCUCCACCGGUCAGCCUGCUGCCACUGAAACAAGCAGUUCCAGCUCCGCCGCCGCCAUCAGUAUUAGCUUCAUCUUUGAGUAAGCUAGAGUUAUGAAAAAAAAAAAAAUACUCCAUGAUGAAUUUUCAAAUCAAGUCUUGUAAGUUGAAGUGAUUAAGACUUUAAUCCCUCCUCUUUUUCGUGUUAA